AUGUCCCAAGAAUCCCGGCUCAGCAGCCACCGACCCGGUCUCAGGUGGAAAGCUCUGGGAGAGAUGAAGACGUCGGCGCUGCGCGGCGGGCAACCGCUCGUCAGUGUUCGCCGCGGGCCGGGAGCGGGCGGGCACAGGGGAGAGAACCAGGAGAGGAAGAAGUCUCUUCCGGUUUCGCCCGGUCCUCCAGAAUCGCUCGCCUCCGACGGCUGUCCCACGCGCGACGACAGCGGCAACGCCCUCGUGAUGUCGGUUUCCGUGACUGUAGUGGAACCCUGCUUGGAGGCUCCAGUCCCGGGGCUGGAUCCGGCCGUGGCGCCUUUCUCAGGUCGUCGAAUCUGGCGAGUUCCAGUGCUUCGUAUCUACGGAGUUGUCAAUGAAAACCCCCUCACAUCUGUUGCCGCGACGGCCCUGUCCCCUGCGCCCACGGCGGGUUCGCCGCCCUCCGAGUUGCAUUUGUCUUCCAUCUCUUCGUCUUCUGUUUCGUCGACUUCCGCUCGCUGUCCACGUGGCGACGGGCGUUUCUUGGGGCGCAUGUGCUGCGUCACAGUGCACAAUGUGUUUCCCUACUUUUUCAUUCCUCUGCCUCGAGAAGCUCACGAGAGGCCAGAGGUUUGGCUCCAGUGGUUCUCUGCCAAACUUCGCGCGUGCGAGGAGAAACUGACGGCGCACAGAGGCCAGGCGACCUCUCGCCAGCCUGGCCAAGGUCCGUCCGCGGCUUCGGGCUCGCCUCUGCUGUUUGCCUUGCGUCUCGUCAAGAAGCGGGCCUUCUACGGGUAUGACCACGCGCCGCGCCUUUUCGUCAAGAUUUCCACUCUUCAUCCAGGGAGCAAAACUGUGCAGCUGGCUGCGCUGCUUCUCCAAGGGCGCGUCACCGGCAGCCCACUCCAACCCUUUGAAAUCCACAUCCCCUUUGUCAGUCACUUCCUCGCCGACUUCCACCUUCGAGGCAUGGACCUCCUCACGUUCGUCGCUCCCUCGUUCGUACAGCCCCUCUUCCUCGCUCCUCCGCUUCUUCUCGCCGGGUCGGCGCGUCGCCCCACGGACGCUCCAGAAUGCCCGCUGACAACGGCGCGCGCUCGCGAAGGAGACCAGGCCCGAGGCGGGGCCGCCGCCGAGAAAGGCUGGCGUGCUGAGAAGACGGGGCGAAUCGGUGCCCGCGAGCAAGCGCGCUCUCGCUCCCCGUGGGAACUAGCGCAGGAUCGACGAGAGACGCACAGUGUUACACAAGCGCAACGGCCUCAAGGCAGCGACUUCAUGCACCGUCCUGCCGCUGUACCCGGGGGCGUUUUUCUCAGCCAGUCGUGGGCGCAGCUGUGGAGGCGCUUACGGAACCCGAAGGCCUCUCAGCAGUGUGGUGACGAGGGAAACCUGCGCGUCGCCUUUCCAAAUGCAGAAAACACGUCGCGGGCUUCCUCGUUGGGUUUGCCGUCGCCUCGUCCACCCUUCGCGCGUCCGCAGUCCCCAUCCAGAGCCUGUGGACCUCCGGCCAGUUCGCCUGCUAUGGCGACCGGGGAAGAGCCGCCCCCUCGCGGCACGCGAAGCUGCGUUCGUGUCUUGCCAUCCCGCGUUCCGCGCCGCACAAAGUGUGAAUUGGAAUGCCAUGUGAUGUCGAGACACAUUCUGAAUCCGUUCUUCAUCUCCGCGUCCGAGGCAGGGACCGACCGCUCCGCACCCGUCGCCUCCCAGUCGGAUGAGAAAACCAAGGCCUCCACAGGAGGGGGCUGGGAGCGUACAUCGUCGUUCGCAGCAGAUCUGCUCCUGCGCUCCGUGCUCGACUUCUGGAGAGAAGAAGCCGCUCGCUGCGCAGGUCUGGGCAUCCCCUUCCCCUUUGACAGUCCCAACGCAGCUCUCCCCGCACCCCCGACCCUUCCCUCUGCCGCCGCGGCCGUCCUCGCCCAAAGAGACGAGACACCUGCGCGCGGCGCAGUGCCGGAAAUCUUCAAGCGACGGCUCGCUCAGCUCCUCGACAAAACCGGCGCUCUGAGGGACGUCUCGGCAAUUCGGGCCGACCUGCGCGGCAACGGUUCGCCGAGGGGCGGGCUGGACCGGGACCGCGGUCCUCAGCGCAGCGCGACGGGCUCUGGCGACAGUUUGGACCGGGUGGAAGAGCUCCCGGAGCUUUUGGGCGAGAUAGGGCGUCUUCCAGCAGAAGCGGGACGGUCGCAGGGAGGACGCGAGAGACAGGGAGAAAGGCAGACCCUAACAGCUGCAUCCCCCCAAGAUCGAGGGGGGACAUGCGAACAGGGUGUGCAGAGACCACAAACGGCGGCAACAGUUCCUGCCUCUGAGGCAACACGGGAUGCGGUCAGUGCGAGGGAGAAGGCCCAGGCAGGGGGCGAAGGACCGUCUGUGCAUGGCGAUGCAGACAGACAGGCGUGGAGCGAGAACCAGGGUUGCGCGGCGACACAUGGGUCUGUCUCCUCGGGGCCAGCUUCACGAGUUGAACAAUACGCGAAGCGUCUGCGUGUCACCCCACCUCCAGAGGCCACGGGCGACGGCUCCACCGCAGACCGUCGGACCGGUUCUUGGUUCUCGUCUCUCUUCCUGUCGCUUCCACCGCACGCAGCCGAGGACAUGCGACGCCCCUGCUCCGCCUCCCAGUCUUCCUCCACGUCUUCGUGUCCCCCGCUGUCCCCCGCGAACGCCUCUGGGUUCUUCAUCGACUCCGCUUCGCUUUCCGCGACGUCGCAGCUGUCCUCGCUCAGCGCGUCUCAAGACCCGCUCGUUCCCGACGCCCGCGAAGGCUUCCAGUCCCCAUCCUCAGCUGCCUGCCCGCUCCCCGGCGGGCCCUCCGAGCCUUCGUGGCAUUGUCACCACGCUCCUGCCUCUGCGGGCGAGGCCACAGAGAAGCUCGGAGGUCGAGCGUCGGCACACCCGGGAGGCGUCCCUGUCGUCGCGCCGCCGAACGCGGCAACGGGGUUUGCCGCGUAUCAGUCUCUAGCUGUUUUCUCUCAACAGCUCGCUUGUGAAAAGCGCCUCCCCAGAGAAGCACGCGGGUCGGGAGACACGCUGGAAGCGCUCGCUUUACCGGGGUUGGCACCUUCAUGCUUAGCGACUCGACUGGAAGGACCAACUUCGAGGCAUGUUCGCACCGAUUUUUUGUCCGAUCAUUUCAUCAGAACGGAGGCACGACCUGAACGCGCUCCACUUGCUGCUGCCCAGUCUUCGGUCUUGCCGUCGCCCAAUUCUCUUUCAGAUGACUGGAGAGACGGCGAGGCUGCUCACGGCGCCGUCGCACGGGUUUCGCCUCCAGCCCCCGACCCCAACCGGCACGGGGAUUUGCCGGUAGAAGCGCGUUUGCCUUCGCAGCACGCGCCUCUCCAGAGUUCCUAUUCCUCGCCUCAGAGUGAGAGCCCAAGCAGGUGGACAGGUCCGUUCGGCCGCUGGAAGGAGCCCGAGAGUGGCGCCUCGAGGGUGGAGCGCUCGGAGGCGGAGGUGGUUCUGGAGCAAACCGCCGACGGCCCUCCCGCAUCAAUCCUGGAGCCGUCUGCGCCUGAACUCAGCGAGGCACAGGACGGAGAGUUCGUGGAAGUCGCGGAAGACUGGCGAGAUCCAGACGAGGAACAUGCAGCGAGCAAAGUACAGGCGUGCAGCGGGAGAGAAGCAGCAGACGCGGGCCCGACCGUGCGAGACGGCAGCGCCACUGUGGAAGCGGCGGUUGACGGAAAAGACGCAGCGGACGGGGACAGAGAAUUCCCCACCGCGGGUUCGCCCGACGACGACGUGUACGAGGAACCCCUCUUCGACCUCGAGGAAGAGGUGGACUCGUUCUUGUCUGCCGCAGAAAGGGACAGGCGACCAAGGCCUCGCAGGCGUCGCGGCGCGGCUCCAGAGCCUGACGAGCUUUUUGCACUGCAGGUGUGCAGUCCAUCUCAGUCGAGUUCAUCGGGGACUAGCAGUGCAGAGGACGAACGCCGCGCUCGGCAGAGAAGAAAAGGACUGCGAAGUGCACAGGGGCGGCGACGCGCACCGACGCUCGACAGCAGCAGCUGCUCGCCUACGGUCGACUAUGACUCGGGGGAAGGAAGCAGCGGCGAUAGCCUUUCGAGUGAACCGAGCGGCGCCCCGGAGGCGGGAAAUGACUCCUCGAGGAAGCCGCCACCAGAAGAGGAAAAGGCGAAAGGGGAAAUGCGUGCACAGCCUCAGUUAGAGGGGGCCACGCGCCCAGUCGACGCGCUCGCCAAUCAGUCGAGAUCAGCGAGCAUGACGCCAGACGAUGUUUCGGCGUCAGGUGUCCAGGGAGUUCGAGAGUCCUGCAAAUCGCGAGGCUCCGUCCCCCCUCAGUGCUUGUGUGUUCCUGCCGGUUCCGCCGCGGAGCCGGCGAAUCGCUCUACGAGCGCGGGCAUGCGUCAACAUGCCGAGAAUAUCUCGCUAGCCAGCCCGGAGAUUCCGGGCGGGGUCAAGACGCUAGCUGGGACCUCGACAGAUGCGCGGCAGUCGGCAGGAAACGGCGGAAGGGGGGAGAUGGGACACUGCCUCAAGGCGGCACCACGUGGGGACGGUUUGUCUCCGGUUCCAGGCGAGGAAGGUCUGGGAGGGGAGGAGCAAGGAUCGUCAUCCUCAUAUGCAGCCACUGUCGUUCUGUCCAGUGGUUCGGACGAGGCGUGCGGACGCACGGAACGGGCUUCCGGCGAAAACGCAGAAUCUAAAAGCCGACAAGAGAAUCUCCAACUAGCAGACGAGCAAGGAGACAAAGCGAAUGUACCGCCUGAGGCGGGCCACCUAGGACAGGACAACGACGAAUGGUGCGUGCCUCACGACCGAGUUUCUCAGACGGGGAAAGCCAAGAGCGAAGGCGCGGCGCACAACUCUCCCGAGACCCUGGCUCGACACCCCCGCGCCUCUCAGGUCCCCUGCGUGCUUUUGGCGCCUUCCAGUGAGCUGGAGGCUUCUCCGGCGGUUCCGUUGACCCACCGCGCAGCCCACGACGCUCCCCUGGUUGAGCACUGCUCGGUGUCGCAGCAGUCAGUGAAAGGCUGGCCGGACGAGCCCGCAGAGCUUCCUUUCUUUGGAGAUCCGCGGGAUUUGCCGCUGGGAGUCAUCCGCGCGGUGGACGCAACGCUGGGAGGGCGGUCUCUGCGCGAACAGGAGACAGUCCUCGGAGCUCGCCGCGCCGAAAGCAUCGCGGCAGCUGCUGCGGCGGAGACCCGCCUUCUGGCUGAGAGGCGCGCGGCGCUCGGCAAGCAGACGAGAAGGCGAAGAAGGAGGAAGAAUGCGCGACGGUCGCAAGUCCUGUCCUCUCAGCGCACUGCUUCUCAGUCGUCGCUCUAUGCUUCUCGAGGGUCGUCUCAGCAGGGUUCGCAGCGAUCGGAACGACUAGGUUUGCGUGCUGGAGCCGACUACCACCCGGAACAAGGCUCGCACCUCGAGCACCGCCAAAGCGCCGCCAUUUCCACAGAUGGUGCAAAGAGGCCAGCGCAGGCAAGAGAGGCCGGGAGCAGCAAAGGGCCGGGACAGAGCGAUCGCGUCGGGGACGCGGGCCGUGCUCACCCUUCGCUGGAACCUUUUUUUCCCGGAAAGAUCGGCCAACCCACGCUGGUAGUGGAGAUUUCAUCGUCAUCCGAAGAUGCCAGUGAGGGUGCCUCAGGCCGCUCGGCGAGUUUGUUGGUGACGGGGGAGGCGGACAAGGCGCUGGAAGAGCCGGCGUCGCCUGUUUCUUUCGUGCUCUGUCGUGGAGAAAGACGCGACGCGGCCCGCGGAGGGCUCGCGCCAUCACAAGAGCCUGGGGCGCCUGGCAUCGCCUUCUGGGGCUUCUACAGGCCGCCGCCCUCGACCCAAGAGGCGCUCGCGAGCUGUCCGCCCAGUGUGCAGAAGCGGCAUGAGAGACUGCUGCGGCGAGAGAUCCGCAGAGAGGCACGCCACCGACAGAGACACCCGAGCCGGUGCGGCGAGGCUGAGAGUGAGCGGCCAGGCAAGGGCGCGGCCGCGGCGGGGCGCGGACGACUCCGGGGACCUCGAGACGGUGGAGACGAGCCGGAACGCGACGUGAGACGAAGCGCUGAAUACGAUCAGCCUAGGAAUGAGACAAGGCGGAACGACCGCAGGUGUAGAAGAGCGGCGAUAGCGGCUCUGAGGUGGACCACCAGGAUGGAUAAUGUGGGGCGGAUCGUAAUGAUGCUGGUGCCAGCGACUCAGUCCGAGGGCGACGAAACAGCCUCGAGCCGACGAGAGAAAAGGAGUAGAAGUCGUAGGCGAAGCAUGACCCACAUGUCUGGACUCAGAGCGGAACCCGUUGCUUCAGAAGUGAAGCUGCACUCUGGGGCGCCUUCGUCCUCAUCCGCGUCGCCCGGCAGCGCCGCCGACGGCCCUCGCCGCGACGGAGUCGCGGCGAGGGCCUGCGGGAACUCUGCCGAAGAGGAGGCGACGCGAGAACGUCUUCCGGGUCGCGAGCUGGCGUGCGAGUCUUCAUGCAUGCACCCGGAGAGCUGCCCUCGCGAGACGGGCGAGCAGCAAAACCUACGCAGGCCAACUGACGUCUCUGAGGCGCAAGUCGACCCCGGUCGCUUGUCGCCCGCCCUGACGCCUAGCGGAGCAGAUGCGUUGACAGGAAACCCCAGCAACUCUGUGGAAGCUGGGGACAGAGAGAGCGUGGGCGGUCCGGAGCGGGACGAGGGCAACGAGGCGGAAGGCGCGUUUCCGCGCCAGAUUGGUGAAGGAGAUCCCCUUGCGGCGGGUGACAGUGUGUGUGGAGACAGGACCACUUCCGCGUGUGGCCGGGAACAACAUUUACUUUCUUCCCAGAGACAGCAACACGGUUUGCUGAGUCUGUCAGUUGGAAGCAUCGCGACGAGCCAUACGUUUUCGAGCACGUGCUCCAGCAGCGACAUCUCUUGGGCAGGGGCUGGAGAAGGCGAUGGGAGCGUUUCGCAACUCAGUGUCGCGGCGGCUGUAAAGGACGCGGCGAAGCAGGCUCGGCCGUUCCAAGGCUUCUCGGCAGACAGAAGAGACGAAGCAAUUCGUGGGAAAAGCGAGCUCGCCAGUUACGGCGCGUUGCUCGCCGUCGAAGUUCUCGCGGAACGGAGACUCAGCAGCCCCGAAGCGGUCGAUGCUGGAGCGCCUGACUCGCAGCACGACGCCAUCCUCGGUGUCGCUUUGGUGCUCAGAGAUGAGCGCCUCGCGCUGGCUUGUGGUCGCGCGCAGGCGAGUCGGGGGCAGCAGGCAGGUGCGCCCAGACGGGACGGAGAAAGACGGAAGACAGACGGCCAGGAAAGGGACGAAGCUGAGCCCAAGGCGGGGAAAGCAGACGGCCGAACGAGUGAGGAAAGGCACGGAGGCAGGCGAGAGGAGGAAGGCGUCUCUGGUGAGCCUCUCUCGCGCUCAGCUUCGGAGACGGAGAAGGGCACUGGCGGCACCAAGGCCUUUCUGUCCACGGCCCGAGGCGAGCGACGGGCCGAAGAAGCGGCGGACGGUCUUGCCUAUUUCGAUGCUUCGAUCAUCGUCUUCGUUGACCAAGUGUACAAGCCUCGCCUGCCAUUGAACUCACAGUUCUGUGCCUCUCCUCCGGCGUGCCCCACCGCUUCUGCUCCUUGGCCGUCGACAGCUCACCUCCUUUCCAGUUCGUCCUGCGCCUCGCCCUUCGUUCGCGCCCAGCGGUCGUUUGCCGACUUCGUCGCCGUAUGGCAGUCUCGCCAUCCGUUCACCAAGGCCGCGCAGCAGCAGCUGACGGCCUUUCUUCCUCCCGAGACAGAAUUGGUGGCGGUGGACAGCGAGCGAGCGCUCCUGCAUCGCGUUUGUCUUAUCUUUAGUGUGGCCGAUCCCUCAAUGGUUCUCCAGUGGGACGGUGGCAGCACGGGCCUUGGCUUUCUCCUGCGCAGAGCGCGUGUCCUCGGCGUUGGCUUGGAAGUAGCGAAAGCACUCGGAAGACGAGCAGAUCCUCGCCUUCUCUCCUGUCUCCAGUCUGUCCCGUUUCCGCCUCGGUCGCACACGACCACCUCUACGCCUGCGACGCCUGUCCCCCAGCAGUCUUCUCACUCUUCGUCUUCCUCCCCCACCCCAGCGGCAUCGGCCUCGCCCAGUCCGCCGUCUCGCUCGUCUCCUGCCCGUGACGCGCGACCGCCGGCGGCUCGCGAGUCCGGGCGCUCGAGUGGGGUCUCCGACGUGCUCCGCCAGGGCGGCGCGCUCUCGGGUCGGCUCCUCCUCGAGUGCUGGAGGCUGCUUCAGAGCGAAGUGAAGCUCCAGCAGUCAUCCCUGGAAGGCGUCACCACAGAGGUGCUCGGCAAGACGUUCGCGUCUGUGCCGCCGGCGAUCCUCGCGAAUCUCUGGAAGCAGGGCCAGGGCGCUUUGAGGCGAGCAGAGAGGCGCGACGAAGUCGAACUCAUGACAGCCUGGCGGGCGUGGCAGCAGCGUGUGCGGCGACACGAAGAGACAAACGGUCAGCCGACUGGCAGUGAGGAAGGCGCAGACAAGGGGGGUUCUGGUGCCCAGGGGGAGGCGCGCGUUUCACGGGGCGAAGCGCGGUCGGACCGAAACAGCUGGGCACUGGAAACGAAGCGAAGGGUAGAGGGCCAGCGGGUGGCCGAUGCCGGGGCGGAAGAGACGGGCGAUGGAGAGAAGGGAGCAGAGAAGGAAGGGACGGAGGGGCGCGGCGAUGCCCAGAGUACUCUGGUCGAGCAAGGUAGCCUCGCGUUGGAGGAAAUCUUUGAAGACGUAGAGCGGACGGCAGGCUGUCCGGUUGGGCGGCCUGGACGGCAACCGAGAGAAAAUGCCGCAGAGGUGGUGUGGGCCAUUUCAACUAUGGGUGCGGUCCUCAAGUACCUGCUGGGAAGGGUGCGUAUCACACUCGCACUGAUCGACAGCACAGAGUUGCUUCCUCGAACAGCUGAGCUGGCGAGGCUCUACGGCUGCGAUUUCUUCAGUGCCCUGACGCGAGGAAGCCAGUUCAAAGUGGAAAGCGUGAUGAUCCAGGCGACCAAGCGUCUCGACUACCUUUUCGUGUCGCCCUCUCAAAGUCAGGUGACAGAGCAGCCGGCGCCGCUGUGUAUUCCACUCGUCCUCGAACCAAAGAGUGGAUUUUACUGGAGCCCCGUGCUUGUUCUGGACUUCCGGUCUCUCUACCCCUCCAUUGUGAUUGCCAACAACAUCUGCUACUCGACGGCUAUGGGCUCGGUUGAAGUAGAUCCCACAGUGCAACCCGUGAAGACGCUGGGCGUGAUGGACUUCCACGCGCCGCCAGCGCUGUUUCAGCAGAUUUCAGGGGCCUACUACGAAGCUGCUUCCGCGGAGUUACGGAAGGCUGCGCCGCUGCGUGGCUGUCAAGAGGGGGACAACGAGAGACAGGCGGGACGCGUCGGCGAGCGCGGACACAGCCAAGCUUCCAGCGACGUUUGCACCAGCCAGGCGUGGGACGCAGACAGUGGCGGCAUUCGGCUUCUCCCCAGCGGUGCGAUGUUCGUGUCGCGGCGUGUGAGAAAGGGGAUUUUCCCGCAAGUCCUCAGCGAGAUUCUUCAGACGCGCAUCAUGGUUCAAAAAGCCAUCAAAAAGUACAAAGGGAAGGUCGACGAAGGCUUACUCCGGCUCCUGAACUACAGACAGUACGGCCUCAAGAUGAUAGCAAACGUCUCCUACGGCUACACCGCAGCGAGUUUCACAGGGCACAUGCCGUGCGCUGACAUUGCCGAUGCAAUUGUACAGACAGCCCGUACGACGCUCAUGCGCGCCAUCGAGCUCGUCCAUAGCACUCCGAGGUGGGGCGGAAGAGUUUUGUACGGAGACACGGAUAGUCUCUUUGUUCUGGUCCAGAACAAGUCCUUGGAAGCUGCCUUCGAGAUCGGCCGUGAAAUCGCGUACACUGUCACUCAGCAAAAUCCAGCGCCUGUUGAGCUGGAGCUCGAAAAAGGCAUUGAGGCGAUCCGGCGAGAUCAGUGUGGAUGUACGAGUUCGAUUUUGGAGUCCACUCUACAAACCUUCUUCGCCUCUCGCGACAUCUCGCAGGUCAAGGCUCAUCUCUACCGGCAGUGGACAAAGAUCCUGUCAAACCAAGUCCCCUUGAAGGAUUUUAUUUUUUACAAGAAAUGCAGGCUCGGGUCUUACAAAGCCGAGGUCGGCGCGUCGACCGCUGCGUCCCUGCCCCCACAAGCCAAAGUGGCGUAUGCGCGUUUGCAAGCCGUCGCGCGACCCUCUGUGGGUUUGCACGAUGUGGCCGGCGCGGGCGUGUCCGAAGCGGCUCUCGCCUUUCCGUCGGGGCCUUCGCGCGGCGAGCGAGUGGCGUUUGUAUACGCGGAUCUCGGCCUCGGCGGAGGCGAAGCAUUUCUGACAGGGAAGCAGACCGCGUUGCGGCUUCUUGAUUGCGCUGUCAGCCCUGAACAAGUCGAAGGGGGAGGAAGGGCUGAUAACCUGGUCAGCCUCUUUCUUUACGGCGCGCCUCAAAAGGUGCUGAGGCCGAUGCCACUCCAGCUUCCAGAGAGCUGGAGCGCUGGAUCGCAGACGCCCCAGCACGAAGGCGGUGGGGACUUGUCGAGUCAGCACGGCGCCUCUCUUGUGUGGCUUCGAUGUUGGGAAAACAUGCCCAGUCCAACGCUGUGGGGUGGCACAGAUGCGUUUUCCCCUGAAGGCGGGAGAAUGCAAGGUGCCUCCGCAGCCUUUCAGGCGCCUGCGGCUCGCCUCGGCGGGCGUCGUCCCGACAUGAGUGCGGUUGUCGCGUGCUUCUCCCGUUCUGCCUCUGUACCGGCGCAACACGGGCAAGAGCUCACCGGUUCUUUACCUUCUGUAUUGCAAAGACUUGGAGACGGUGGUUCGGAGCAACUGCUCCUGCCUAUCUAUUUGAAAUAUUACAUUGUACGGCAGAUCAUUCCUGCCCUCGACCGCCUCUUUGGUCUUCUUCCCGGUCAAACUUCUGUAGAUCUUCGCCAGUGGUUCGACAGCAUGCCGAAGCCGCAAAGAAGCCUGGCGACGAGACUGCGUCGUCGACUACAAACGGACCAGCAGAUAGUGAAGAAACUUAGACAGGGCAUGCUGAGGUUUGGGGCAGGACCACCGCUUCGGGAAAGGCGUCCUGAAAGCGGUCCAGUCCGAGCUCGAGACGGUCCGCCGCCGAGGCGAACGCCAGGAGCAGGUCAAAUGGCUGUUCUGCCGAAGGCUGGUGCGGUAUCGCCGGCGGCUCAGCCCCGGCAGAAACUGCUGCAGGCACUAAAAAUUUCUAACGGGGCCGGAGGAGGAAGCAAAGUACGCCUUCACCACUUUUUUGCAGCUUCGGCCUGCCUCUUCUGUGGAGCGAAGUGUUCUCUACUCCCGCCUGGCGCGGUCAGAGGGCUGACGGAGGCUAACUCCGGAGACAAGCAGAAUAAGAGGGGGAGUGCUGGAGGCCCCAAAGGAGGGGGUAGCACAGACAGGUGGUGGCGAAGGCGCACGGGAGGCACAAUUAAUUUUGAAGAGGAUGCCGAAGCCGAUAUCCGAGCGCAGCUUUUCAGGAAACUCGAGUGUCGUAACUUCACCAGUGACGAUGACGGGGAAGGCAACGAACAUGAAAAGAUAAUACUCGACCUUUCAUCGAGUUCUACAUUCUCGUCAUCGUCUCAUGGGUCCAUCUUCAGCCCCUUGUUUCAGCCCGUGUCACUCCAAGAGCAACGUCGGUACUGGCAGCCUCCCCCGGUGUGUGCAGCGUGUAGCGUGGAUGCCGAACGCCUUCUUGUGCUAGCAUAUUCGGAGCUGCGCGAGGAGGAAAAAAGGGUGAAAGAGGUCGAAGACAUUUGCGAGACAUGCGCAGGUAAGCUGGUCUGUAGGGUUGGCAGAAUUGUUAGCGAGCGUGUUAUGCUGGGUUGGUCCUUUCGCGCUGCACGUCUGUGGAGGCACUUUCCAGGAGUCUGUUAA